AUGAAACGGAGAACCAAACGGAACCAAUCUCAUCCUUUUCACAAGUAUCGUACUCUCGGAGCUCUCGCCCAAAUUCGUGCCUCACAGAUUAUUGCUCGAUACCACCGAGUUAACUUAUCGCGCCGGCUCGCUCUGCAUCAUUCGCAGCCACAUCCACUCUCAAAUGAGGAUCAACCUCAAAUAAAUGCCAGUGAUGAUUUUCCUUACUGCGUCGAGACAAUCUAUGCUCCACGAUGUCCGCAGAGGAAGAAAGUCAUUGCCCCUAAGUCUGUCUUGUUUACAAUUGAUGGCCCAGUGAAUUCACCCAUGAAUUCCCCUGAUAUGGUAGUUGAUUUGUCUAAUAAUGACACUAGUGUCGCAAAUUGA